GUUGCUUCCGACGGUUGUGGUGUGUAGACCAGCCGCACACAACAGAAGCUGGUGGUUGUAAUCGCGUCUGUUGCUUUGUGUUGGUACCUUGCGCGAUGCCGGCAGCGAGCGAUGCUGCAGACGAUGGAGGGGCCUUCACGUGAAGUUAAAUAAAUCCCUUCAAAAUAUUGUAUCGCGUGUGUGGUGUGGUGUGAAGGUGUUUCCAGCACCAUGUGGCUAAGGCAUCAUGUCGAGGUGUUCUCCUUCAUAACAACACUGAUCCUACUGCACCAGCGCGCAGUCACGGCCAACUGGAUGUACCUGGGCUUGGUGGGCGUGACGCCGCAGCUGCAGCAGCACCAGCCGCAACCCGCACCUGAGUCCACUGAGCCACAGGAAGACCCACAGCUGGCAGCUGCGCGAGCGCUGUGCAGCUCCCUGCCAGGCCUGGCGGCGCAGCAGAUCGAGGUGUGCAUCCAGCACCCCAGCGCCAUCCGCUCCGUGUCCAAUGGCGCGCGCAGGGGCAUCCAGGAGUGCCAGUACCAGUUCCGCAACGAGCGCUGGAACUGUACGACGCGCAACGAUGAGCAGAGCGUCUUCGGCUACAUCCUGGAACGCGGAAGCAAGGAGACGGCCUUCGUAUACGCGGUGACGAGUGCCGGGGUGGUGCACGCGGUCACCCAGGCCUGCAGCUCGGGCAACCUGACUGACUGCAGCUGCGACUCCACAGGCAAGGGACUGGAGACCCCCGAGGGCUGGAAGUGGGGAGGCUGCAGCGAUAAUCUCAACUAUGGAGUCGAAUUUGCACGCAAGUUCGUUGAUGCACCGGAGAGAGUGAAGCCUGCCCCAGAAACAAAGAACAAGAAAGCUUGGAGUGUGAGGCUGAGAAUGAACCUGCAUAAUAAUGAAGCUGGGAGACAGGUAGUCUCAUCACUGAUGAGAAUGCAAUGCCGAUGCCAUGGUAUAUCAGGCUCAUGUGAAGUGAAGACAUGCUGGAGGACAAUGCCGUCAUUCAAUGAAGUCGGCGACACUUUGAAACGUAAAUAUCAACAAGCUGUACAGCAGGUAGCCCCCAAACUGCGCAAACGCCUUCGUCGAAAGAGCAAGAGCAAGAGCAAGAGCAAAACCAAACGACGCCUGCCUGUUGGGAAAGGUGACUUGGUUCAUAUCCAUAAGUCGCCCAAUUACUGUGUGAAUGAUCCUCAGAAGGGAAUCCCGGGGACAUCAGGACGCAUCUGUAAUAAGACGUCUCAUGGGCCCGACAGCUGUGACUUACUUUGCUGUGGCCGGGGAUACAACACACAGGUGAUAAAACAUGUGGAACGAUGUCAGUGCAAAUUUGUGUGGUGCUGUUCUGUGAAAUGUAAGAACUGUGAAACUCUAAUUGAUCGACACACCUGCAAGUAAUUGUUAACUUCCUUUCUUGUAAUUCUCUCUUUUCUUGUCACAUUCACUGUUUCUUUUGUAAUUGUGCCAAACAAUAUACAUAUUUUUAAUGGAUUCAGAGGUAGGUGCAGUUGCAUUGUGUCAGUGCUAACAGAAGUAACAAAUAAAAAUUUGAACACUUCCAUAAUUUAGGCCUAAGGCUUGCCAAUUUUUAUGUAUAAGUAGCAGCGUGACCAACUUACAGCUUCCUGAGAACACUGAACUGCUCAGGUGCUAGAGUUCUGACCCUUCUUCCAUCUAAUCAUGCCACAGCAAUUUGGAUUGCCAGCAGAAUCGAUAUUGAUAUAUUAGCCUUUGGAAAUUAUUAAAAAUAACACAUUCAGAUUACAGCAACUUCUGCAGAUGUUCUCUCUUGAUUUUGUUAUCAGGAAUGAUCAAGUCUAGCACUGAUUUUCGUCAUUACUCUUGUUAAAUAAUGAAAUGUGAAGCGCCCACUGAAGGGAAAGUGAACAGAUUUGUGCCAGGCUUGAACAUUUUACUUGGAACCCCCUCAAAUGCCUUGCAUAGGAGACUGAAGUUUUCAAACUUUUUAAUUUAUUGUGUUUCAAAAUGUCACCUUAAUGUGUGACUGUAAAUUUCAUGUAAGUACCAGGAAAGCAGCCUGUUGAUAGAGACUAUUUCUAUCAUCCGCUCUGAUCACACAAGUAUUUGUUUGGUUGUUUGUUCAUUCAUUUGUUUUAUUAUCAUUCAUCCAUGCAUUCGGGUACAUAAGCAUUGGAUAUAGAAAUUUUCAGUAGAUUACAUUGAUAUAUUACAUAAGAUAAAUAACAAUUAAAAUAUAUAUAUGAAAGUAAUGAAUGCAAACUAAAAUACAAUGCUAUAAUUACUGGGGUAUAGAUUUCUUAAUUAAAAUUCAUCACAACACAACAACAGGACAGUUGAUGUUUAACAAUAUUUUGCUACAUAUUUCUGCUUUUUUAGAAAGCCAUCAGGCAAAUACACAAUUAACGUGUUCUUAAGCUACUGAAUUGCAUACCAUAUAAUUCAGUAUAGUGCUGGAUUUUUGACAGUAUACCAUAAUAUAAUAAUAUAUAACAUAAAAUAAAAUAAAAGAUAAAGAUUGUAAAUGAGAUAAGUUAAUUAAAAUAUAAUUAAGAACUAUGCAUAUAAUAUGUCCUAUUAAGGUAGGUUGUUGCAAUCGUAAUGUUAUGUCAUAGUGUUUUUGCAGACAUAUGGCAACAGUUUUCUUGCUAAUGUACACGUAUGAAGUGGUUAAAAUUCUUGGAGGCUCGCUGGCAUGCAUGUAGUAUUAUCUACUUUUGAUAUCCAGAAGUAAUAUAACGAGAAUAACGAUUAUGAAUAUUUUGUAGUUAUAUUUAGUGUGAUUAAAUAUUGAUAGUGAUGUUGAUACUAUAGUUGUACUGUCUACUUACUAUUUGAUGGGUACCUCUAUCUACUUGUAUUAUGUCCGGUCAGGUAGGAAGGCGGAUUGCAACUGAUUUGGCGGUAUGUGUCGUUAUGGAGUUCUGUUUAAGAGGGGGGGGGAGAGAGGUAGAGACAGGGUGUGUAUGGAUGGCAGGUAAGGUUAUUGUUUAUGUUUGGUAAGCUGUGAUAUGUAAAAUUAUAAUGUAAUUGCUUCUUUUUUUACUGAUGUCAUACAUAUGAAAUCUUUUGUAGGUAUCCAAAGCUUGACCUUUCUUACCAAUAUGUAAAAUUUCCAUUGUUUGGUCUAUUGUAUGGUAUUCAUAUGUACUGUCUACUGUAUGUUGGGUGAAUUUGGAAUUUUGGCAUUAUUCUUUAUAUCCCUUAUAUAUUCUUUAAAUCUAAUUUUAAAUGUUCAUCCAGUUUGUCCUAUAUAUUUCAGUGGACAGUCUGUAUGUGCAAACAUCAACAUCAACUGUUUUGUUGUUGUGUUGUGAUGGAUUUUAAGAAAGAAAUCUAUAUAUUUAACACAACAGGAUGCUUCCAUUGAAAAUUACCCCAAGAUCGAACAUUUAUUAUUUAUCAAGAUACUCUUCAACAGAAUAAAAAGAGUUUUCUAUAAGAAACCUCAGUUUCUUAAUAUUUUAGACUGUAGAUAUUUUGAGUCUGCUAAUAAUCCAAAAUCCUGGAGCCUGAUUAGUUAGUGGGCAUGUGUCACUCUUGCACUUGAGUGGUUCAAUGAUUGUAGGAACCUCUGAGAUGAUUGCACUGUGUAUUAGCUCAUAGAAUAUUUUCAAGAAAACUCUAAAUAUUUAAUGAAUUAUAUUAGAAUUUUAACUGUGAAAGAAGAUUUGAUGAAUGAUUUGUCUGAGUGAGAAUUUAAUCAAAGUUGCAUACUCUCAUCACAUUCAUAGGAACUUUCUGCUCACACAUCUGUACUACAUUUCAGCAGCAGCAACAUUAAUCAGCUUAGAUGUAUGUUGUCAGUUUAGUUUGGAACCAUGUCAAUUUUUAUAAUGAGUCUAUUGGACUUCCCUUAUGGUCAUAAAAGAUUUUAUUUGGGAUUCUGAUUGGUACAUUUCUUUUGGCUUAUUGUUGAAAUCCGGUGUUGAGUAAUAUAAGAAAACAAUAACCUCAAUUCAGUCUGUUGGUGAUGGGAAUGGUUUUAUCAGAAGUAUUUUGCAGAUCAAAAAUAAAUUCAGAUACCUAGAUGUAACCAGCGAUUUUCAAGAAAAGUUAUUUAGAUAAGUGAUAUUUAUCAAAUUUUUAAUGUUGAUAAAUAGUAGAAAAUAAUUGCAGUUCAUUUUAAUCGGGAAACACCUCUAAACUUUGCGCUUGUUAGGGUAUUCACUCUAUUACUGUUCACGGGAUUACUAUAAUCUGAAUGUGAUGCCCUGUGGCAUGACAGGUUCUGUUAUCAACAUUUCAGAGGAACCUGCUGCUUCUAUCUUCAGGGUGCAGUUUAGCGAAACCGUACCAUGAUGAUGGAGAUGACAGGUUCCCCCAAAACACUGAUCGCUUUCUAACAAACUAAAUGGUGUUACAUCCCAGGAGACAGCACAAUCUUCAUAGUCAUCACCAUGAGAAACUCUUAUCUCACAGGGUACUUGGUGUUUUUGAUGUUUAUAUUUUGUGGUCUUAGUCCUAAUGCUACCAAACAUUUAAACUCUCUUUAGUGUACACAGUACACUCCCGGUUAUUUGGGUGCAGAAUAUAUGUGCAUGUUCUUUUAUUUUUAAUUUCAAUUACUUAUUGGGGUCACUAAAUGUUUUUAAAGCCACAUGAGCCAUACACAAGUACUUGAGAACCAAACUUCUGUCUCUCUGCUGCACUCUCCAUUACAGCCAUUUCUGUGGUGCCAUACAUUCACCAAAUUGUUAUUACAAGACGCAGGAGAAGGGACCAAGCAUUACGUUGGACUAAUCUUUGUCUUUUCUUAGGUAUUUUCUUUUUGUUUUCAUAUAAAAACUUUCCUUUAGAUUCUCUUUUGUUUAUUCUCAAACCAUUCCCAUACCAUCUUAUUCCUUUAUAGUAAGUCUUCAAUUAAUGGUGCCUCCAUUGUUGUUGUGAAGUAAUAAGUAUUCAUCAGUUUUUAUCUUUUGUAAUAUACUGAUAUUUUGCAAAAAUUUCAUGAUUGUUAGCUCACCAGUUCCUGGUGUACUCUCAUCUGCAAAUACCUAUUUAUAUUAAAUUAGGGAGAAAUUUUUAUAUUUUAGACAUCUAAACACACGUCACAAUGAGCAUUAAAAUCCAAUGCUGGACUUAAUCUGCUGUCAGAUCAAGCCAUUUCACACCUUCAUAACCUGCAUCUAGAUCAUAUGAUCCUUUUGUCUUCAACUUGAUCAUACAAAUGUUCACAUUCUCAAAAUAUGAAUUAAUACAUCAUUGAAACAAUUGGUAAUUGUCUCAACUUUUUACAAAAUUUCUGAGAAAAAUAUUAUCCAUUUGUGAUGAGCCUAUCACAAGCAAUGACAAGAAGCAGCGGAAUGAUUGGAAGAUGAAAUACAAGUACUCGGAGUGAAAUUUGCCUGCCCCAGUGCUACUUCGUCCAACAGAAAUUCCAAACACUUAACAAUUUCAACCAUGGCAUGACCCAAGUGGGGAUAUUUUUUAAUAAAGUACAGUGUUCUACAAAACUGGAAAUUCUAGUAUAUUCUAUAUUAAUGUUCUGUAUGGUACUGGUUGUAAUAAUUGCUGUCAAUUUUUUGUAAAGAAGAAAAUGAAAAGGGUAUGGAAUAUAACAGGUGUACCUGAAACUUGAAUAAACUGCACAUGGAAAUGUUAAAUUGGUUCACUUAUUUAAUGAAUUGCUCUCUAAAUGAAGCAGAAGGAGAAGGGAGGGGCAGUGUUUCAGCAGACACAUUCUGAUCUGUGAUAUGAAUGGUGCUGAUUUCCUGCCAGGUCACACUGUAUUGCUAACCAGAACUGUUUUCAACCACAAUAUUUAGGACUCUGAUGAAAGUGUAGGUAUCUUACUGAAACAGUUAUUGUGUUUCCGGACAUUAUCACUUUUUGGAGAGUGGAUUCUGUCUCCAUUUCAUUUCAUUUCAUUUUUAUUAUCAUUCAACAAUCCAUACAUACAGGUAUUACAACCAUUUGGAUAGGGAAAUUGUCAUAUUCUCCUGCGUAUCUUUACAGAAUACACUGUACUACCCUAAUAUAGGGGGUUUGUCAUCUGAAUAAUAUCUAGAUCCAGUUACCAUUAACUGCAUUGUCUUCACACAAAUACAACAAAUUAAUCA